GGUCGGCGGCGGCGGCUAAAUAUUCGAAACGAGCGGCCGCUUCCGUGCCAUUGUGUGUGCUGUCCGUCCCGUCAGGAGGACGCGUUCCCCGUGAGUUUUGUAUUCAUAACGGAAAAUCACCCACCGAAUGGUGGUGCACCGAUGGUUGUAGUGAUGGAGUUGUCUCUGGUGGCUCAAUUCGAUGAGCUUCGGCGUUCGUGCGAUGUGCUGCUGGACGGGACGGCCGAGGUGGAGUUUCUGCGCUUCGUCCAGCUGCAGGACGAGUGCCGGAUGCAGUGGCUGAAGUCGAUCGAGGAAGCCAAGCGCCUGCAGCGCGAGUUGGACAAUGCGCUGCGCAGCAUCACCAACCUCGAAUCGAAGCUGUUCCACGCCCGCAAGCUGCUCGAGACGGAAACGAAGGCCCGCCGGCACGCGGAACACGAGCGCGACACGAUGGAGCGCAAGAUGAUGGCCGUGUGCGAGAUCGUGCGGAACGAGCAGACGCUGCGGGACGAGACGCGCGAACAGUUGGCCGUGUUUGCGACGGAACCGAGGCGCCGAUCGCGCCACGCCGGGCACGAUGACCGUGAAAUGACAGUCGGCGGAGGAGGAGGAGGCGGGGGCGUGGACAACGAUAUCAACUCCACCGGGUCGUUCCUGGUGGACUUGUCGCUGACGCAAUCGGAGGACGACUUCCUGGAACCGCUGAAACUGCAGGCGAAGCGCAAAUCGUGGAAGAAGCACCGUCCGUCGUACAACAACAACGCCAGCUUUAAGAUGCCACAGGAGCCAACAAAGCGCGUGAUGGAAAUCAGCACGACAGCGAACACGAUGGAACCGCGCACGGAGGGUGAGAUUAUCGCACACGCCAAGGUAACGGUACCGACCGGACCGGACGGUGGACCGAUACAGGCCGAAUCGACCUUCCGCACGAUGGCACCGCAAAGACAGCCCGCGGUCGUGACGAGCUGCGCGUCGUCCAACUCGACCGCCGCAACGGUCGUGAACGUACCGACGGCUGCAACACCAACGGCGCCGGAAAAGCACCACGAGCCCAUGAGGACGGUCAUUCAGCGCCAGCACGACCUCGUCAGCCGUACCCUCAUCAGCUCGGUUACGUGCAACCAGUGCCAGCAGCGGAUUCGCUUCGGCAACAGCAGUCUGCGGUGUCGCGAAUGUAAGGCCAUGUUCCACGGGUACUGUCGCGAAAAGAUAUCGUUCCCGUGCGUACCGCAGUCGCAAACGAAGAACGGACGUCGCGGCACAGCCAGCACAGCCACGCCCAACGGUGGCCCGCAGACACCGCAAGCUGCCGGUGCCAUCAGCUGUCUCGACGAUUACUGUCCCUCGUCCAGCCCGCGCAUCCCGGCACUGAUCGUGCACUGUGUGAGCGAGAUCGAAAACCGCGGCCUGACCGAGGUCGGUCUGUACCGGCUGUCCGGCUCGGAGCGGGAAGUGCGUGCGCUGAAGGAAAAGUUCCUGCACGGCAAAACCAUCCCGACGCUCGGCCAGAUCGACGUGAACGUGCUGUGCAGCUGCAUCAAGGACUUUUUGCGCACGCUGCGCGAACCGCUCAUCCCGAACGCGCUGCUGGGCGAGUUUAGCAGCGCCGUGUCCGGUGCCACCAGCCCGAACGGUGGCCAGCGCAUGCGGCAACAGCUCUGUCAGCUGAUCGAGCGUCUGCCGGCGCCGAACCGCGACACGCUUGCCUUCCUGAUGCUUCACUUCCAGCGCGUCGCCCAAUCGGAGGCGGCCAAGAUGCCGAUCGACAAUCUGGCGCGCGUGUUCGCCCCAACGAUCGUCGGCUACACCCGGGCCGAUCUGGACAUGAACGAGAUGUGUGCGGAAACGUACGUCCAGUUUAGCAUCGUGCAGGCGAUGCUGCACAUCUCCACCGACUACUGGAGCCAGUUCAUCAUGCUGCAGCCGGUCGACCAGGGUGGUGACGGGGGCAACAUGGGCGCACCGACGCCGAGGCGCGGUGGUGCGGGCGAUCUGAUGAUGCAGUCACUGUCGAAGGAUCGGCGCAUGGAGACGCCGAUAUUGCGCCGACCGCGCAAGGACAGGAAGUAUUAUGCGACACCACCGUAUAAGACGUCGAAAGAUUAAUCAAAGCGAGAGACCGCGCCGCACGGGCUUAGUUAUAUAGUUACUUAAAUUAACCUUUAUUAUAUAGUUAAAGAUGAACCAUUUUUCUCUGUACUUUCCUCUUAUCCCCGAUCGAGGGUGUAUAAACUUGUUGUUCCAUCCACAUUUUUGAUUAAUAAAAAAGAAAGCAAUUCACUAACCACACAAA